GCGGGGUGGCCUCUUUCCAUGAGCGCCGUACGGCAUGCUGCGCGCUUUGUGCCCUACUGUGGCUGCACGUUACAAGCGGUGGACGAGCACAGGUAGACAUGUGCUUGGGCUUUGCGUGCCACAGUGGUUUGGCGCUGGCGACUUGGAGCAGGAUGCGCGAGAUGCAGUUGCGCGAGGGGCCACCUUGGGCUUCCAAGUCUUGCAGCGUGAGCUGGGGGGCUGUGUGGCGUCGCAAUGGAAAGUCGUUGACGUCGACCACAGGGAGCGUGUGGGGGCUGGCAAAGUGAAGUAUCAUUCAGCUUUGAGCAAGGUGGCAGUCCAAAUGUCUCAGCAGUUGCAAAUGGUUCAGCCGGAACAGGUCUUCACCAUUGGGGGCGAUUGUUCGGUGGACUUGGCUCCUAUGAGUUACUUGCGACAACGCUAUGGGCCCCGGAUGUUGGUGGCCUACAUCGAUGCCCAUGCAGAUCUCAAUGCGGAGUGGGAAACGCCUUCCGGGCACUUCCAUGGCAGCAUGGCAAUUGAUAGGUUUUGGACAGUUUUUUUUCUUUGCGAUGCUUGA